AUGGCUGGCAACGUCUUCAAUGUCGCGGUGGUAGGCUACGGUCUCUCCGCCAAAAUCUUCCACAUCCCCUUCAUCAAGAGGACUCCUCAGUUCAAGCUCCACAGCAUUGUUCAGCGAACCCCGAAGCAGGGAGAUUCUGCCCCGGAGGACUACCCUGACUUGAAGCAUUUCCGGGACUUCAAGGACGUGUUGGCCGAUUCAGAAGUUGAUGUUGUGGUCAUCACUACGCCGCCAAACUUCCAUUUCGAGAUGACCAAGGCUGUCCUCGAGUCUGGCAAACACGUCUUGACCGAGAAACCCUUUGUUCCUACAGCGAGCGAAGCCGACGAGCUGGCGGCGAUUGCAAAGAAGAAUCAACGGCUUAUCUGCGUCUAUCAAAACCGCCGAUGGGAUUCUGAUUUUCUCACUUUGAAGCACCUGAUUUCCCAAGGCACCAUUGGCCGUGUUGUCGAGUUCAACACCCACUUUGACCGGUACCGAGCGGAUGCACCAACGACCUGGAAGGGUAGUUUGGAUGUUUCUGGGGGUGGUAGCGUGCUCUAUGAUCUCGGGACACAUCUGAUCGACCAGGUCUACACGUUGUUUGGCCUCCCACAAUCCGUGCAUGGCCGCCUCUUAUCUCAAAGGGAGGGUCGUCUCGACUUGACUACGCCUGAUAGCCUCUCCAUUGAGCUGACUUACCCCAACGGCAUGCUUGUACAUGUUCGUGUCAGCGUCCUCAGUGCUGAAACUAGCCAGACUCGGUACUGGAUCAGAGGCUCAAAGGGUAGUUUCUUUAAGCAACAACUGGAUACGCAAGAAGAUCAACUCAAAGCUGGCAUGACCCCGGGGGACCCCAAGUUUGGCGAGGAAAACCCCGACAACUACCGUUUAACUCUGGUCGGAAGCGAUGGCAAGAUUCAAGACCAACCCGUCCCUCGUCUGGUCCCCGAGACGUACCAAGCGUUCUACAACAAAUUUGGUCAGGCAGUUGAGAGUGGAAAGGAGGAGGAUAUUCCUGUCAAGGCGGUCGAAGCUCGCGAUGUCCUGAGGGUGAUCGAGGCGGUUAUGGAGAGUGCCAAGACUGGAAAAGAUGUUGUCCUUUCUUAAGAACCUCACAGUCAUGUAUUCUACCUAGAAUGUGUCGAAAUAAAAUGAACAACAUUGGAAAAACUAG